AUCGAAGUAAUUCGACCAUAAAAUUGUCAUUCCGUUCUAACAUCAAAGUUAUCCCUUUAAUAUCGUAAUAUGAAAACUCCCGUGGGCCUAUCGAUCGAUUUCCUGCGCACAUCCGACGCGUCGGUUACGGUACAUCUCCAGAAUCCAGCCAUCUCGCAUUAUUCCCACAAAACCCGUGAAAAAAUGUUACAUUAACCGUAAAAAAAUAUCAAACCAACCCAAAAUGACCGCGAAUAACAUAUUCUAAAUAAAUCUUACACAGAUUAUAGAAAAAGUGAAAAAAAGGUUUUUGUGUGAUGUAAAAUGUAAUAAAAAAAUUUAGUGUAACGAAGUCUUCCAUUAUAGUUAAGAAUUAGAUUAAUGUCUACGUCUUCCUGUACGUCAAUUUUUAAAUAUAGAAUUUUUUGAAAAAAGAAUUUAACAUGAUUAACGUCGGGCGUUUCAAGAUGCCACCAAUUAAGAAUGUGCUGGAUGUGGCCAUGCAGACUGUCAGGCAGCAAGUACCAGAACGACCUGGGCCUGCACCGCGCCCACCACAAAAUGUCCGGUUCGCCAAUUCAGACGUGGGAGAAAGCUGUGAGCUAUCUACAAUGAAUGAGACGACAUCACCGUCAUACCAGUCUACGAACCCGAGCAACCCAUUUCUGAGCGGACAGCUUCAGGCUGAAGAUUCCUUCACCAGUUAUCAAAACACAUAUCCACAGCAAGAUGGCGCUCCCAGAACUCAGAGCAUGCAAAGCGUUGACUUUUACGCCUCAUCGGAAGAGAGUGGGUUCGAAGAGGGUGGUGGUAGUCCAGGAGCUAAGAUCAAUGAGUUUCAAGCUGCCUGGAACGUCACAAAUGCUAUCCAGGGUAUGUUCGUUGUAUCAUUGCCAUUUGCUGUGCUCCAAGGAGGAUACUGGUCAAUAGCUGCCAUGGUUGGUAUCGCCCACAUCUGCUGUUACACAGGCAAAAUUCUAGUAGAUUGUCUCUACGAAGAUGACCCAGUUUCUGGUCAACGAGUACGAGUCCGCGACUCUUACGUCAGCAUCGCCAAAGAAUGCUUCGGAAGAAAAUAUGGCGCCAAAAUUGUCAAUAUCGCCCAAAUUAUUGAACUUCUGAUGACUUGUAUCUUGUACGUUGUGGUUUGUGGUGAUUUGAUGAUUGGAACCUUCCCCGAUGGGUCAAUCGACACCCGAUCCUGGAUGAUGUUAACGGGCAUAUUCCUCUUGCCUCUGGCAUUUUUAAAGUCCCUCAAAAGCGUUAGUAUGCUGUCUUUCUGGUGUACCAUGAGCCACUUAAUAAUAAACGCCAUUGUUCUUGGCUAUUGCAUUCUUUAUAUUGGUGAAUGGGGUUGGUCGAAAGUGAAAUGGAAUCUCGAUUUGGAAAACUUCCCCAUCAGUCUGGGUGUCAUUGUCUUCUCAUAUACUUCCCAAAUAUUCUUACCCACCUUAGAAGGCAACAUGGAAGAUCGAUCUAAGUUCGAGUGGAUGUUAAAUUGGUCACAUAUCGCUGCUGCUGCAUUCAAAGCCACAUUUGGAUAUUUCUGUUUUCUGACAUUCCAAAACGACACCCAGCAGGUAAUAACAAAUAACCUCAGAUCUGCUGGCUUCAAGGGACUCGUAAACUUUUUCCUCGUGAUAAAAGCUGUGCUAAGCUACCCCCUUCCUUAUUACGCGGCCUGUGAUCUGCUUGAACGUGUUCUGUUCCGAGGAAAACCUAAAACAGUAUUUCCCCCAAUUUACGCUUUGGAUGGCGAGCUGAAGGUUUGGGGUCUAGCAUGGCGACUCGGUGUGAUAAUGUUUACGAUACUGAUGGCAGUAUUUAUUCCUCAUUUCCUGAUACUCAUGGGCUUUAUUGGUAGUUUCACUGGUACGAUGUUGAGCUUCAUUUGGCCUGCGUACUUCCAUUUGAAAUUGAAGGCCAACCAGCUCGACAGUACCACUGUUGCCUAUGACUAUUUCAUUAUUGGUUUGGGCGUAUUAUUUGGCCUAAUCGGAAUGUACGAUUCUGGUUCUGCUCUUAUAAAAGCAUUCAAAAUAGGGUUGCCGUUUUAAUUUAGUAGUCAAUAAUUGUUGAACUAUUUUUAGAAUAAUGCAUAUUAAAUGUCUAUUAUUUAUAACCCUGCAAGUUGUUUGCGGCGAAAUAAUGCCAAUAUUUAGUCUGAUGUGAUUUUGUAAUUUAGAUUUAGCUGUUAAGAAUUUAAACUUGUUGCUGAUGUAUCCAUUGUCUUCCAAAAUAAUGAUUAUAUUUAUGACAAUUGACAUUAUGACGUUAUGUCAGUUUGGUCACAUUGAUAGGUUAAGAAUCGAGCGUCUUCCAGAUAUUUAAAUCUUCAACAACGAAGUCUUCCAUUUAAAUGUAUUUUUAAAGUUAUAUAUUUACACAUUUUCUGCAAACAGUAGAAUUAUACUAUAUAAAAUGUAUAACGCUUUUAAUUGCGAAGUCAUAUACAGUAAACCCCCUUAUAACAAGGUACUCUUAUAACGCAUUUUCAUAUUACGCGACUUCAAUCCCUCGCAUAACACGGAUAUUCUCCCAAAUAACGCGGGGAAUUCAGACGUCAUAUUUCUGAACUGUGUCAUUUAUAAUGAUCUGUACGCACUUAUUUCGUUCACAACAUAGUCUCUUUUUAAUAUUGGAUUAAAAUCCCGUGU